GUCAGAUGACGUUGAGAUAUAUCACACUUUUUCGCAGCACUCGAUCCCUUUGUGAUAAUGUCGGCUGAUUAUGAAGAGAGGUGUCGAGAGAAUGGCCCCGAGGGCAUGGAGCCGGACGGGAUCAUUGAGAGCAACUGGAACGAGAUCGUGGACAGCUUCGACGAGAUGGACCUGCGCGAGGCCCUCCUCAGGGGAAUCUAUGCCUAUGGUUUCGAGAAGCCGUCUGCAAUCCAGCAGAGAGCCAUUCUACCUUGUGUCAAGAGUUAUGAUGUCAUUGCACAGGCCCAGUCGGGCACUGGGAAGACUGCCACCUUCGCCAUCUCCAUCCUGCAGCGGAUCGAGAUCGAUAUGAGGGCAACUCAGGCCUUGGUCCUGGCCCCCACCAGGGAGCUGGCUCAGCAGAUACAGAAGGUGGUGCUUGCUCUCGGGGACUACAUGGGUGCCACUUGCCACGCCUGCAUCGGUGGCACCAACGUGCGCAAUGAAAUGCAGAGGCUGCAGGCAGAGGCUCCCCACAUCGUGGUGGGAACCCCAGGGCGCGUGUUUGACAUGCUCAACCGCAGGUAUCUCUCUCCAAAGCACAUUAUGAUGUUUGUUCUGGAUGAGGCUGAUGAGAUGCUGAGCCGGGGAUUCAAGGAUCAAAUCUAUGAGAUCUUCCAGAAGCUCAGCACCAGCGUACAGGUGGUGCUCUUGUCAGCUACGAUGCCACAGGAUGUGCUGGAGGUCACAAAGAAGUUCAUGCGUGAUCCCAUCCGCAUUCUGGUGAAGAAGGAGGAGCUCACCCUGGAGGGCAUCCGGCAGUUCUACAUCAACGUGGAGAAGGAGGAGUGGAAGCUGGACACCCUGUGCGACCUCUACGAGACCCUGACGAUCACCCAGGCUGUUAUAUUCAUCAAUACUCGCCGGAAAGUGGACUGGCUGACUGAGAAGAUGCACGCCAGGGACUUCACUGUCUCUGCCCUGCACGGUGACAUGGACCAGAAAGAGAGGGACCUGAUCAUGCGGGAGUUCCGUUCAGGAUCCAGCCGUGUCCUCAUCACCACCGACUUACUGGCCAGAGGUAUUGAUGUGCAGCAGGUGUCACUGGUGAUCAACUACGACCUGCCGACCAACCGAGAGAAUUACAUUCACAGGAUCGGACGAGGGGGCCGUUUCGGCAGAAAGGGGGUCGCUAUCAACAUGAUAACGGAGGAAGACAAGCGCACCCUGCGGGACAUCGAGACCUUCUAUAACACCACCGUGGAGGAGAUGCCCAUGAAUGUGGCUGACCUGAUCUAGAGCGCCCCCUAGUCUCCAUCAUCCGCUGGCCCCUUCACAUAUCAGUCUUUCACACUGUUUGACAGCAGCCGAAACGCCACAGAUUUCUUGAUUCACGUUCUCACUUCUCCUUCACCCUACUUCAGUGAUGUGCGUGACCGGAGUCUCCGAUAUGGAGACUCUUGCGCCCCUCACGGUUACCUUGUUCAUGUGCACCCUUUUAAUAAAAAUUGGGAAUGGUUCAGACACCUUGGUCCCAUCAUGCCUUCUCUGAACUGAUUGCUUCAAACCUCCCUUAAGGACAUUGAACAGUUUCUACCAGUCAAACUCCCACCUGUAUGGACAGUGGACUUUGGUGGCCCCUUUCAGGAUACCGAUGAGUAUAAAUUUUUCUUUCUGUUGAAAUUUAAAGGUGCUCAAAUGAUGGUUUUGAUGUUUUAAUGGUUUUCACACCUAAUGCUGGUGCUUGCAUUUUUAAACAGUGUCCCAGGUGAACUCCAGCUAAAUGUACUGUAUAGACACGGUGUUAAAGCAGAUGUUUUCUUUUUAGAAAUGAUGCCCUUCACUUAGUUCAUGGUUUCUGCUUUUUUUUUUUCCCCCCACUAGUUUUGGUUUGCUAUAUUGAAUUGAAUGUUACAUAUUUUUGUGCCAAAAUAUGCAGUGAACUAAAUCACACCAGUGGAUUCUUAUAGCAGUGGUGCAACACACUUUGUUUACAUUAUUUCAACAUGGUUUUAAUUUGCAAAUUGGGUUGAUGCACAGCUAUUGAUUAAAAAAAAAAAAAAAAAAAAAA